AUGGAAACCUUUCGAGUUCGUCUCAAUUGUCUCGAUCACUACCAGGCCCUCCCUCUUGACGAUUUCGACCCUCCACUUCCUCUGGGAACCACACGCGAAAAUGUCAAAGAACGACCUCGAAUAUCGGUCAUUCGCGUCUUUGGCGCAACCGAUACAGGACAGAAGGUGUUGAUGCACAUCCAUGGUGCUCUCCAGUACACGUACAUUGAGUAUAGUGGCAGUUUGCUUCCAGAAGAUGUCGAAGUAGCGAUUCGAACUUUGCAACUUUCUAUCGAUCAUGCUCUGGCUGUGAGCUAUCGCAAGAACAUCUACGAAGGAAAACAUCGCUAUGUCGCACAUAUCUCGCUUGUCAAAGCUAUACCUUUCUACGGCUUUCAUGUCGGAUACAGGUUUUACCUCAAAAUAUAUCUGCUCAAUCCGCUGCACAUGACAAGAUUGGCCGAUCUCCUGCGCGAAGGUGCAGUCAUGAAAAGAGUACUCCAACCGUACGAAAGUCAUAUGCAAUAUCUGGCUCAGUGGAUGUGCGAUUACAAUCUUUAUGGUUGUAGUUACAUCGAGUGUUGCAAGGUCAAGUUUCGUGGUCCAGUCCCGAACUAUUUUGACUUAACCAAUGCCAUGCAUCAGUGGCAUGACAGAUCAAUCUCUCCAGAAGAUAUCUCGGAUGAAUCUUCACUUCCUAAACAGAGUCACUGUACCCUGGAAGUUGAUGUACAUGUCAAAGAUAUCAUGAAUCGUAGUAACGUUGAAUCUCGGCAAAUUCACCAUGAUUUCAUUGAACGUGUCAACCCACUUCCGAUUGAUGCCAAGUUGGUACAAAGUAUGGCAGGAUUGUGGAAGGAUGAAACUCGCAGGAGGAAGACCAGAAUGGGUUUGAAAGACCCCAACAGCACUCCGUUCCCUGCCGAAGUUCUGAUAUCUAUGUCUGCUGACGUUCGGAAUACUUCUGAUGGUGGGUGGAUUCAUGAGGAAGAGUUCCGUCAGAAGAUAGCCCAACUCGCCAAGGCAGAGUUCGAGCAGAGUGAUAGAAAUGAGCUCCAGUUUGAGACUUUUGUGAAGCCCGUAGCAUUGGAAGACAAUGUCAAGACAGCACUUGAAAGCGUGGAAGAUCUUUACCCUGGAAAGCUGAUCGAUGCGCGAGCUUCAAAUGCAGAUCGCAAUACAGGCAUCAACGAUCUCAACGAUCUCACGGUCGAGAGCGAGAGUCGGAUACUUGUCGACGAAUCUCGUGCUCAAGAUAUCGCGAAUGGUCUCUACAGAAGUUCAGACGAAAGUCCACCGUCAGACACAGUUACAGCUACAGCCAACGAAAAUGAAGAUGGUCUCAAACAGCCAGGAACAAAUGGUGAAGUUACAACACCAAUUAGUUCUUCGGAAUAUGCAGAAUAUGGUAUCCGACCUGCUGGCGAUUUCAUUCAUGUUGAACAGGAUACCUUUACUAUCCCAGAUGAAUACCUGCAACACAACCUCAAAGACAGCACCAGCUCAAAGCGAACACGGCAGUCAAAAGUCCCAGAUUUCAAGCCAAGAAAGAGGCGGAAACAGCUGGUCGAUGAAGAUGACUUCUUGCCAGAGAUGACAUUCUCGGGGUCAGAAGAUGAUCCAGAUUUUACUGCUGAUGCUGAUGAAUUGCUCCGCGCAGCAGAGCCAUCAAUUUCAGAAAAACAUCUCAUGAACGGAAGCACUGCUACUUCGAAAGUUCUACGGAGUACUGAGCAGACCGCUGUACUCAGAGACCUCGCAAAUGAAAGUAACGCUCCACCAGCCUCGUCACAACAAUCCACCCUUGCGUUUCCCGCCGUCAAAAACCCCCAUGAUCCUAACACGAUUUUGCGUCUCAGCCAGAGAAGCUCACCAUCUCAGAACCUAUCACAAGCCUCUCUCGACAAGACCGUGACUCUACCUUACGAGCCCAAAACUCCAGCCAAAAGCGGAGUGUCAAUAUCACAACAGACUAUCCUUCCCUCAACGACUGGAAAAAGCAGCACCUUCGGUCUGUCCCAGAACUUUAUGCUUAAAGGCUUGGUUUCGAGUAAGCCUACUUGUUCAUUAGAAGUCUAUCAAGCUCGAGCGCCCAGUUUCAAGGAGGUCGAUUCAACGAUGUGGCAAGAAGGUUUGCCGGAUGUAAUCUACCAGGAUGCUUACUAUAGUAAUGAAGAGGAUGUACCAGAACUAGCCAGACAAUAUGCUGGGCGAGAGUUCAAACUCGAAAGUACGACUGUGCCAUUUCUCCCGGACUUUGAUCCUUCAGGAUCGUCUCUGGCAACAUUCGGCCGGAAACCUGCCAUACUACUCGAUCAGACUGCCGAGCAGACGAGAGACAAUCAGAGGAGGAAACGAUGCACGAUUUCACAAUGGAGUAUUGCUCAAUCACCGCCACGAAAGGUAGAUGUGGAAGCAUGGCUUGGAGAAUACGAGAGUAACGAGAAUUUGGCGGUUUCCGCUCCAGUAAAGCCGAGUACACAGACAAAGAAGCAUUCGCAAAUCGAUGGACCUACUCAGAAAGGGAAACAUGGCUUCAAGUACACCCAAAAACAAUCAAGUACUAGUGUGCAGCACGAGACACAGUAUAUGAGCACGAUGGCUCUCGAAGUCCACGUGAACACGCGAGGGGCUCUUGCACACAAUCCUGACGAAGACGCUGUUGCUUGUAUCUUCUGGUGCCUACAGACAGACGACGAAGACCUUGAAAGCAACGGCAUUAGGGCUGGCUUACACAUGGGAAUAUUGGCCGUGGCAGAUGAACCACAUACAGCCAAAAUGAUCGGACGCAAUGUUCAUUUCGAUGUCGAGGAAGAAUCAAGUGAACUUGACGUCCUCACGAGACUGGUCGAUAUCGUCCGGUAUCAUGACCCAGACAUCCUUACAGGCUAUGAGGUCCACAAUAACUCUUGGGGAUUUCUCAUUGAACGUGCAAGAAUAAAGUAUGAUCUCAAUCUGUGUGAUGAAAUCUCAAGAAUGAAAUCUCAAUCACAUGGGAGGUUUGGGAAGGACGAUGACCGCUGGGGAUUCAAUCACACGUCCACGAUUCGAGUCACGGGUCGGCAUACAAUCAACAUCUGGCGGGCAAUGCGUGGGGAGCUUAAUCUGCUCCAGUACACGAUGGAGAACGUGGUCUACCACCUGCUUCACCAGAGAAUUCCGCAUUACUCCUUUCGUGAUCUGACGAAUUGGUACAAAAGCAAGAACCCAAGAGACCUCGCCAAAGUGGUGGAAUACUUCAGCACGCGGGUGCAGCUGGACAUUGAGAUCCUCGAAGCCAAUGAACUGAUUCCCAGGACAAGUGAACAAGCUCGACUCUUGGGUGUGGACUGGUUUUCUGUGAUCUCUCGAGGCUCACAGUUCAAGGUAGAGUCGCUCAUGUUCCGAAUUGCCAAACCGGAGAAUUUCAUGCUUGUGUCUCCUAGUAGGAGACAAGUUGGUGGUCAGAAUGCCCUGGAGUGUUUGCCUCUGGUCAUGGAACCACAGAGUGACUUCUACACGAGUCCACUUCUGGUCCUUGACUUUCAAUCGCUCUAUCCAAGUGUAAUGAUCGCCUACAAUUAUUGUUAUUCAACAUUCCUGGGAAGGGUCGUUAACUGGAGAGGGACCAACAAGAUGGGAUUCUCGGAUUAUCGGCGAGAACAACGACUGAUUGAGCUGCUAAAGGACUACAUCAACGUCGCUCCCAAUGGCAUCAUGUACGCCAAGACCGAAAUCAGAAAGUCACUGCUCGCGAAAAUGCUCAGCGAGAUUCUGGAGACGAGAGUCAUGGUCAAGAGUGGCAUGAAAGUGGACAAGGAUGACAAAGUCUUGCAGAGAUUAUUGAACAACAGACAACUUGCACUCAAACUCAUUGCGAACGUCACGUACGGUUAUACAUCAGCAUCUUUCUCCGGAAGAAUGCCGUGCUCUGAGAUUGCCGACAGUAUUGUUCAAACAGGGCGGGAGACACUGGAAAAGGCUAUCGCGUUCAUUCACUCCGUAGAGAAAUGGGGUGCGGAAGUCGUGUACGGAGAUACCGACAGUCUGUUCGUAUAUUUGAAAGGUCGGACCCGUGAGCAAGCAUUUGAUAUUGGAGAAGACAUUGCGGCAACAAUUACCAAGAUGAAUCCUCGACCUGUCAAGCUGAAGUUCGAGAAGGUCUAUCAUCCUUGUGUGCUCCUCGCGAAAAAACGGUAUGUCGGCUUCAAAUACGAGAGUCGGACACAGACGGUGCCUGAUUUCGAUGCGAAAGGGAUAGAGACCGUGCGUCGAGACGGUACACCUGCAGAACAAAAGAUUGAGGAAACGGCGCUAAAGAUUCUGUUCCGCACCUCUAAUCUCAGUCAGGUCAAGAGUUUCUUCCAGGCACAGUGUGCAAAAAUCAUGCAGGGCCGAGUUUCGAUUCAAGAUUUCUGUUUUGCUCGAGAGGUCAAAUUAGGGACGUACAGUGACAAAGGACCCCCUCCGCCAGGAGCACUCAUCAGUGCGCGACGUAUGCUGGAAGACCCACGGCUCGAGCCACAAUACGGAGAGCGAGUACCAUAUGUGGUGGUCACAGGCGGUCCCGGAGCCAGGCUGAUUGACCGCUGUGUGGCGCCGGAUGUCUUGCUCAACGAUGCACACUCGGAUCUAGAUGCGGAAUACUAUAUUUCCAAGAAUUUGAUCCCGCCGCUGGAGCGAAUCUUCAACCUCGUGGGGGCUAAUGUGCGUCAAUGGUACGAUGAGAUGCCCAAGUAUCAGCGCAUCCGGAGGGUUGAAGCUGGGCCCGCUACAGAGGGGAGAGAAAUCGGUGGACCUUCGAAGAAGACACUAGAAUCGUACAUGAAGUCGUCAACGUGCUUGGUUUGUCGCCAGUCUUUGGACAGCGAAUCCCCAAUCUGCAACAAUUGCUUCCAACAGGGUCCUCGCAGUAUUGUGGAACUACGAUCACGGCUGAUCAGAGCGGAGCGCAAGGCUGCGCAGAUGGCCAAAGUGUGUCGAUCGUGCUCUGGGCUGGGCUGGAACGAGGAGAUUCGUUGUGAUAGUAAAGAUUGUCCAGUGUUUUACUCGCGGACGCGACAGAAGGCGGCGGUUGCAAAUGAGCAUGCGGUCGUGAUGCCUGUGUUGAGAAGUCUGGAGAUGAAGCAGGAGGGGAAUGAUGAUUUGGCUUGUCCUGGUCGCUAUCCUGUUAUAUGGUUCCUCUUCGUUUACGUCCUGGGUGGAAUUACGUUCCUUCCAUUACUGAUCAUCCUCGUCCUCGCCCAUGCCUACUAUACCCUCCCUCCAGCCAAGGACAGUAUCUCGACGGAUAGCAUAGCUGACGAUCCUGCGCAACUUUCUCGCUCCGAAGAUGAUAAGUCUGCCCUCAAGUCCGCCACCGACGAUCUAGCAGAGAAGUUCCACCGCAAGCAUGAUUCCGAUGUAGCUGCAGGAUAUUUUGCCGUCUGUCGCGAAUAUGUUCCUGGAGGCGUCAAUGGGAAACCUCCUGAGAGGCUGACUCCAGCGGGUGAGGUUGUGGCUCAAGAAUCUCCGAGUGUGUAUCAAACUAUGUACAGAAGCAUAUUUGAUAGAUCGCAAAAGCCUACAAUUGAGCCGAAUAAGGAUGCUACUGGAAAGAGUGUGAAGAGAAGCAACAAUGUCUUUUAUGUGGUUCUGAGGCACGGUCAUCUCAUGUUGUAUGAUGAUAUCCAACAAUUGGAAGUCCGAUACGUCAUUUCGCUCGAAUAUCACGAUGUUGAUAUCUACGGUGGCGGAGAGGACAUCCCCGAGGGCGAGAUCUGGAUCAAACGCAAUGCUAUUCGAUUGACCCGCAAACGAACCCGAGCAGGCGAUAAGACCAACUCAUUACCCUUUUUCUUCUUCAGUGAGAAUCUGUCGGAGAAAGAGGACUUCUACUUUGCUCUUCUCAAAAACCUGGAAAAGAGCGAUCAUGAAGAUGUUCCUAUCCCACAAGAUUUCGAUGUUAAGCAUAUUGUCAUGUUGGUACAGAAGCUUCACUCUUCAGAGGAGCAUUUACAAACAAGAUGGCUCAAUGCGUUCAUUGGGCGUAUGUUUUUGGCUAUGUAUCGGACGCCCGACCUGGAACGUUUUAUCCGGACCAAACUCACCAAGAAGAUUUCGCGAGUCAAAAAGCCCAACUUUAUCACCAAAUUAGCUUUGAGGAAGAUUGAUCUGGGAAAUUCAGCUCCAUUUAUUACGAACCCACGACUUAAAGAUUUGACUGUGAAUGGAGACUGUACAGCUGAGGCAGAUGUCAACUACACAGGCAUGUUCAGAAUUGAGAUCGCGGCUACUGCACGCAUAGAACUUGGAACACGGUUCAAGCCACGUGAAGUGGACAUGGUGUUGGCCGCCACAUGCAAAAAGCUUGAAGGACAUGUGUUGCUCAGAUUCAAACCCGCUCCAAGUAACCGCCUAUGGUUUACAUUUGAAAAAAUGCCUCAAAUGGAUUUGGCAUUGGAAUCUAUUGUCAGUACGCGACAAAUCACCUACAACGUCAUUCUGCGAGCCAUUGAAAGCCGGAUUCGGGAGGUCAUUGCUGAAACGAUUGUGCUGCCUUUCUGGGACGAUAUGCCUUUUCAUGAUACAAGCCACGAAAGAUAUCGCGGUGGGAUUUGGAAGAAGGAUCCGGUGUCAGCGGCAUCGACUGAUAUCCCCAAUGAAGAACCGGAGGAUGCUGCUGAAGCUGGAUUGUCUGGGACAACUACUCCUGCGGAUAUGUCCAAGGACGAACGGAUUCUAAGUAUGCCUGCUUUGGCCGACACCAAAGGACUGGCAAAGUCCAAUUCAGCCCGAAAAUCUACAUCAUCCUUCAGCGAGAUACUAGGACUGAAGAGUAGCGAACCAGCAGAGAAACCAGAUCCACCCACACCGAGACUUAUGCGAUCGCCUUCGUUUGCGAGUGCUGCAACUCCAACCAUCACUAGUAAUCAUGCCGACAUGAACCCGCCACCUCGAAACGGCGAAGGAACACCAAGAAGUGAUAGUGUUGCAUCAUUUCUGAAGGGCAUCUCCAAAUCAGGUUCGGGAAGCGCGUCGCCAUCGGGAUCUCAGACAGGAUCACCCCCUACCGAGUCAGCCAUGGCUAGUGUGAUGAAAGAACGGACUGGAAGUGUUGGCUCCAAGGGUUCGAAUGAUGGCAGUGCACAGCAAUCCGAGCUGCAAAGCUCCAAUUUUGCGGAUUCGCCCAUAGCCCGUACCCCGACCACAAUGAGUACAGCGUCAUUCAAUUCUACCAACCAGACUGAUCUGAAACGUGACGGAUCACGCUCUUCGCAAGAGAGUAAUAAACCUAAAGGGUUUGCACAGGCAGCGAGAUCCUUGACCACAGCAGAUAGGAAGCAAGCGAUGGCGUCGAUUACUGCAGCAAGUGUCGCGGCACAAAGAUGGUCUUGGGGAGUACUUGCAAGAAACAAACAACGCGAGUCACAAGCACUCGCGGAGGGCGGGACGUCAGAGACAGGUAUAGACAGUCCCGCAACAAUUCCAAGAGAGCCAAUGGGUCGUGGACGGCCAUUACCACCUCCAGGUAUACCUUUACCUCCACCAGAGAAACCAAUCAAGAACAACACCUUUUCAUUGCCAAAGCGGAAAGCGGUACCUCCGCCUCUACUCCCUCAACGACCAGAUAGUAGCAUUCAGGGAGAGCCAUCUCCCGCAAGAUCGUCACCCAGACCGCCGACUCUUCCCGACCGAAGAAGAAGGCAAAGUUCAAUGUUGCAGGAUGGAGAUGCUGAAAGUGAGGUAUUGGUGGUUGAGGCGCCUAUGGAGUCAGCGCCAACGAGUCCAGCACCGGGCCAGGAUGAGCAUCAUGAUGAUUUCUUCGGGCAUGGAGAACCAGCAGGGAAUGAUAGACAUUCUACGCCGCCACCGUUACCAGCACGAGACAGAGAUAGUCCUCCCAAUUACGAGGACGACGACUUACGAGAGAAUCAGGACCAGGAAUUAGAUAGGCAGGAGAUUGGCAUGUAUACAUAG